AUGUCCUCCUUUCAAUCCACUCAUAAGUUUUUUAUCGCAUUCAUUGCUAUAUGCAUCACACAGUUUGCUUUCACACUCUCAGAAAAACUUACGACAGUCGUGUGUACCGAAUCAUUUGGCACCUUAACCCUCGAAUCAAACGCAAAGUGUGGUCAAAAGCUGGGUGAUAACACAGAAAAAUAUUGGAAGUGCCUAACGGCCAAUUGCCAGAAAGACAAUCAUAAAUGGGUAUCAAUGAGUGGUUGUAGACUCAUCGGUGGUCCCCCAGGAACGAGCGUACAACAAUGUGUCCGUUACGCUAUUGUUCCAAGCGGAGAUAAUUUUCAAUGCUGGAAUUCAGGGGCCACCAACAGGUACCUUUGCCCACUUUCCAAUGCGGCCUUCAUCACAUGUACACAGUGUGUGGAGUCAAACGGGCUAGGCUAA